CCAGCUCACAAAGAUCACUUACAGAGCAUUCCCCAGAUGCAUUAUAUCCAUUUCCUCUUUCUUCUGGCCUGGUAUUCCCCUCACUUCCUUCUCUUGUUCAGAUGCACUGUGAAGCUUGAAUUCUAACACAACGGGACUGAAACAGCAGCUGAUUAAUAGUCAUACUGGAGUAACCUGCUUGAUCCUUCUAGGGUCUGUCCUGGGGUGAUAAAUUGUCUGGGUGGCGUGCAAAGAGAAAGGAAUCAGCCCAUCUUGGGACGUCUUGCUCACAAUAACACUUGUCAUGCCAUAACGAACUAUCUAGGACAGCAUGCGUGACUAUAAAGACCAAGAACUUGCUAUCACAAUUUGUCGAGAGGGACAAGAAUGAAAUGCUCAAUGAAGGCUAUGCCUCCACUCAAAGGAAAACUAGGUGGGCAGUGAAAUUUCUCGUUGGUACCCGACCCCAGGCAGGAGGAAAUCCCAAUCUAGUUGGACCCUAAACUCCAGUCCGGCGUUAACAACUUUCCAGCAGGCUGGCUGUGAGGAACACAUGAAGAGGGAUCAGUGAGAACCAGCUGCUCUUCACAAUCAUCCUUGCUGAAUUUCAGUUGCCAUUUAUGCGGCCAAAGCACAGCUUCUGUCCUACGGGGGAUUGAACCCAGGACUUUCUGCGUGUAAAGCAAACGUGAUACCCACUACACCAAGGAACCGGCGCUGGUCUUGCUUAUAUUCCAGCUUUGGCAUCCCUAUAGUAACGUUGAACAGAAUGCAAAGUCUACGUCACAUCCGUCCAGUUUAUGAAACCAGGAGAUUGUGAAUAUCUAGGACAAGAGCUUCUUACCUAAAGUCGGGCACAGUGAGCGCGGUGUGGUCUACCCACUCACUAUACAUUUUCAACCUCACAGCUUCUGACUUAGUGGGGGAAUCCGCAUCCCCGUAUGGAAAUGAAUAACACGUGUUUGAACAUCAGUCCUCAGCUGGAGAAGUAUUACCUUCCAACCAUGUAUGGAUUAGAGUUCAUCUUAGGAUUCAUAGGCAACAUCUCCGUGAUAUGGGGCUAUAUGUUCUGUCUGAAGGAAUGGAAAUGCAGCAACAUCUACCUUUUCAAUCUUUCCAUCACAGACCUGACUUUUAUUUGCACCCUUCCCAUGCUAGUAGCUUACUAUGGCCGAGGCAACAAGUGGACUUUUGGUCAGGUAAUGUGCAUAUUAAAUAGAUAUAUCCUUCACACUAACAUGUACACAAGCAUCCUGUUUCUCUGUUGCAUCAGUUUCGAUCGGUACCUGCUGGUGAUGAGGCCACUGCAACUUCACUCCUUUCAAAAAAAGUGGAACGCCGUCAUUGUCUGUCUUGGUAUUUGGAUAUUUGUAACACUGGAGUUAGUGCCUAUAUUCACUUUUCUUCAGAUUAAUACUGACAACAGCACAGACCACGAGUCCAUCCUCCGAUGUUUAGAUUAUGCCAGCUCAGGAGAUGCCUCCCGCAAUCUGAUUUACAGCCUGUACCUCACAGUUUUUGGUUUUCUUGCACCGCUCAGUGUCAUGCUUUUCUUUUACAUCCAAACUGUGCGCGGCCUUAGAAAAAUACAGCAACAACGCACCAAGAUUCAGGUGGAAAAGCCCCUUAAGUUGGUCAUUUUGGCCAUUGUUAUUUUCUUGGUAUUCUUCACCCCUUAUCACAUAAUGCGCAAUGUUCGCAUUGCUUCCAGAAUAGAGAACAACAGAAUGUCGGAAUGUGGCAAAUUGGUUGUAAAGGCUGUUUACGCCAUCACUAGGCCCAUAGCUUUCCUCAACUCAAUCACAAACCCCAUUUUCUACUUCAUGUUGGGGGACAAGUUCAGGGAGCUAUUUUUCAACAAACUGAAAAGCAUCUUCUUCAGAAAACCAGUCAGCUCCAAUCAGAACGAGGACAGUUCCACCAGACCCACUGGGUUAAAUACAUGCUCGGAGGCAAUAAUCCUGUAAAUAAAACCUAUGGCUCAUAAAGCUCUCCGUGACUGGUGAAAUUUUCUCACCUCAUGGUCUGGGUCUAAUAAUUGAUAGAGAUUGAUUGCUAUGAUUAGUCAAAAAACUCCUUUUAACAUGUGCCAGGAUAUUAGAAGGAAAAAUAGAUGAAUCUUGGUCUUUUUCCAUCUAGUAAUUCUAAUGUUGCUAUUCCUUUACACAACAGCUCCCUUAUUGCAAAGCUCGCCCUUUGUCAAAAUAUAACAAAGUUAUGAUAUUAGCAUCCAUUUUGCUGCUCUUCCACUGUGGUCUAUGCAGUUAAAGUAUUCCUGUAAUGUCUGGAUUUUCACCAGGUGUAUUGUGACAUUCCUCCUUCUCCUGGAUAGAUUAUACUUACAACCAAAACAGGAUACCCCUUGCCAGACCACAGCGGUCCAGAGCAUGCAAAUAGCUUAUAAACUUCCUCAAAACUGAAAGAUGAACAAUGUUUUAGAAAAAGGAACAGAACAGGGGGAAGGAGUGUAAACACACUCUGAAAUGCCAAUGCAAGUUGUCAUUGAAAGGGAGUCACGGUAAAACAACAGCAACAUUCGGAAUGGAUAAUUUAAGAUACGUAACCAGUGUAAAGUCAAUUACAAAAUGGGGCAAUCAUCCUGAAAAUUGUCAUCCUCAACAACUGAGUUGUCCGUUCAGGAGUGACCGGCACAGAUAUAUUAACAAGGUGAGAUGCCCAAUUUAGGACCAAGUCUAUAAGGCCUCCUAUUUGUAUUGGAAAUGAUCCUCUGAUGAAUUUCAGCCCCUUUACCUUUACAAGUGCCGUCAGCGUCAGGGCAAUACAUGCUUAUUCUCAGCUGCUCACCAUCUCCCUCUUAUCAGUUGUCAACUGGCCCACUGUACUCUACCAUUUUCUCAUUGGCACCGAUCAUUGCUUGGAGUGGGCUUGCAUCAAGUCAAGGGGUCUCCCGGCCUAUUGGCCUAAUAGGCCUAAUGUCACAGAGAAUGCAUCUGUGUGUCUGUAUGAACUGGCAUUGCUGACCAUUCAAUGUAGAAUGAAACAAGCAUUA